AUGAUCGGGAACAUGCUUAUUACCAUUAAUCGAUACUCGGCUGUUUGUCUCACGAAUAAAUACGAUGUGAUUUGGACCAGGAAGUGUGUCUUGGCAGUAGUUGUCGUCCAGUACCUCGUUUCGUUUGCUGCUUUCAUCCAUCUCACUGGAGCGAAACUGAUAUAUAUUCACCAUGAGGAUGGAACGGUUGCAUGUGAUGGGCUCGAAAAACACGUCGAUCUUGUGAGUAUGUUACAACUUUCCAGAGCAUGA